UCUUGCUUGAAGUCUUGAGCACACCCACAUCAGGUGCACUCACACACAUACACACACUCUUGUCACUAACAGUAUUAGUCACUGAGGUUAGUAAUGUGGCACUCCACUAUUCCAGCUUGUCGCGUUCCCUGUUGAGUCUGUAGGAGGCCUAGAAUUAGACCCACAUUUGAAAAACAAGCAGAAAGCAAAGGAAUCAAGAAGAGGCCUUCCUGAUCGCACCUGCAACCUCGUCUUCACCUGGACAGUAGACAAUGGCCAGUCCUGUCCGAAUCCAGUCAGACAGCGCUGUUCUUCAGCCGCCGCACUCCACAGGCUUCACCGAGAGCUCGCUGGCCCUUCUUAAGCGAGAAGAUGGCUUGGAGAUGGUCGAGCACAAACCUCGUCUCGACGGCUCGGACCGAGGACAUCCGGGACUCUAUCUGUCCUGCUUCGACAUGCUGUUCACCGAGGACGCCGCCUGGCUGGUGAGGGUGUCGGAUUCGUCCGCACCCGUGGGCGUCGGGCCCAGGCUGGAGCCGUGUCAGGAACCGGAGCAGUGUCCGGUGAUCGACAGCCCUGGGCUGGGAGCCUCACCGCUGUCCCCUACUCUGGAGGAACAGGUGGAGGAGAGAUCUCUGGAACAGGUGCAAAGCCUGGUAGUGGGAGAAGUUCUGAAGGACAUUGAGACAGCUUGUAAACUUCUCAACAUCACACCAGACCCGAUGGAGUGGAAUUGUGGGAACGUUCAGAAGUGGCUGCUAUGGACGGAGCAUCUCUACAGGCUGCCGCAGGUUGGAAAGGCCUUCCAGGACCUGGAUGGCAAAGAUUUAUGCUCCAUGAGCGAGGAAGACUUCCGACAGCGUUCGCCACAGUGCAGCGAAACGUUACACGCACAUCUGGAUAUAUGGAAAUCAGCUGCCUGGAUGAAGGAAAGAUGUUCGGGUGGAGAGACCAGGAUGAGAGAAGGUGAAGAGCUGUGGUCCGAAGCAGAUUCGUCUUGUUCUGGUCAGCCGAUCCACCUUUGGCAGUUCCUUAGAGAACUUCUCCUCAAGCCUCACAGUUACGGACGCUGCAUCCGCUGGCUGAAUAAAGAAAAAGGGAUCUUUAAAAUCGAAGAUUCGGCUCACGUGGCUCGUCUCUGGGGUUUGAGGAAGAAUCGACCGGCUAUGAACUAUGACAAACUCAGCCGCUCUAUUCGGCAGUACUAUAAAAAGGGCAUCAUCCGCAAGCCAGAUGUCUCGCAAAGACUCGUCUAUCAGUUCGUCCAUCCGGUAUAAGAGAGAUAGCGAACUCAGCCACUGAGACCAGAACUUUAUGAACUGACAAGCCCUCCUACACAUUUCCUGAGACUAUUUCUGGGUUUUGCAUGACAGUGAAACCGAGAAAAAAUGUAAGAAAGUUCCAAGAUUUCAGUCAUUUUCUAUGUAUAAAAUAUAUUAAGUCCAACAUGUACUUGCACUCUUUUAAAAACUCUUGUGUGUCUGUAUAAACGUAGUAUCAGCUUUGCACUGCUACUUCCUGUUACUUUAAGAAAAGCCUGUCAAAUAAAUUAUGAUGUUUAACAGAAGCACUAAGGUUGAAAUGAGAGAGAUUUAGUAGAUAUUCUUCGAAGUAUGUUACAGGUUACUCGCAAGGUCUGCCUGUCAUCUAAUACUCAGCGUGUGAGUCCUGCCAGCGUGUCUCUGAGCAAACCCUGGUUUCCCUGCCCAUGAUUUGCAGUGGAAAGACUCGAGUUUGCGUUAAUCUCUGGCUGCCACCCAACAAACAUCCCCCUUUUUCUGGUUUGUGAUUAAUUGCACUGCAAACCUUUGAAGUCUGCCCAUGUGAACUUUCUUCACGUUCUUCAGUAAUCGUCCACCUUUGCACGCACCUCCCUGCUCACGUCAGCUUUCAUUCUGAUGCAAAUGAGGGCUUACCGUCGGCUCGUGGAUUUUCAAACACUGCAUUUGUCACUAGUAACGGUUAAUUGACAAGUUUAAGUCAGGAAGUCCGAAUUUAGGGGAGAAAGUCAUUUUGAGCCUAAAGGAGGUUUGGGUUUUGUUGUGGCUCUUGUA